AAACGAAGCGAGGAGGCUGAGCUCCACAUUUGAGCGGCAGAGCUCACAUCUGAUCGGGACACACUCACGCGGGAGAGGAGAGCUCGCAGAAAGCGCUGCGUAAAGACGCACGUAAAGAGUUAUCCAAGACUACAGUGUAACCGAGAGAGAGAGAGAGAGAGGGUCUCUAAACUACGGGGCACGUUUCAUCACCCUCUAUCAAUCUCUUACUCUCGCCACUUCGGAUCUUUUUUCCAAUAUUUUCUCAGCGAGAAGGGGACGGGUUUGUUACACGCGCAAAUCCACUGUCUUGCUCCGUGCUGGGUUUUCUUUCUCUCCAUGGAUUUAGCCCUGUGAGUGGCCGUCUGCAGUGGACUUUGCCCAGGGGGAUCGCGAGCGGAGCCCGGCAGCUGUCGUUCAUGUUCCAAGGGGCUGUUUCUUAAUGGAUUUAUAAGAUCGACUUUGUUUCGAGCCGGAUACACAAAAGAAGAGCCGCUCACGAACUGCUUUUUUUGUGGGGAACGGUAGGCUACAGUGAGGACAACGGAGCUCCAAAUGAGGAUUUCAAUAUUCACUCGUAUUGAACGGGACAAGGAGUGAUUCUCCCCCCCCCCCCCCGCCCCCAGUCAUCCCUGCGCCGAUCGACCCGGAGGAAAGGAUUCAGAUUUAGAGGCUUUGUGGGUUUCUGAAGUCUCCGAUGCCAGGGACCACAGGGACCGGAGUGUGAGGCCAACUCCAGGCUUCCGACGUACACAUUUCUACCUUUUAAAACCAGAAGACGGGCAUGAAGAAGAUGGAGAGGAUCUGCACGUUCUGCGUUCUGCUGCUCUGUCUGAUGGCCAAAGCCUCGGCCAGGGCCAUCAACGAAGGACGGGCUAAAGAUCUUCGGGUCUCCAGGCCUCUGAUCGUGCCAGGUUACCCAGAAAACACCACGGCGUUGGUGGGUGGUCAGGCGAAGCUGGCGUGUCAAGUCCACCGGCCGGCGUCCACCAAGGUGCAGUGGCUGAAGACGGAGGUCAGCCAGGGGGGGCCGCCUCGCCUCAGGGCUCUGACGGCCCUGCAGAGCAACGCGUCCAAGGUGAACACUUUGCAUCUGUCCAACGUCACGCUGGAGGAUGCGGGAGAGUACAUCUGCCUGGCCGAGAACAGCCACGCCGGACAGGCCGUGCAGGCCAUGCAGUCGGCGUGGCUGCAGGUCCUUCCCGGUGCCAUCAUUUCUCGAACUGUGGACCUGACUGCUGCAAUAAUCACAUCAGAUGUUGAUGACGAGCUGAGCGAUGAGACCACGGAGCAUCUCCUGCUGGAGCCGGGCAACGUCAUGAAGCUGCGCUGCGACCCGAGCACCCGGCCCGGCAUGGCGGUGAACUGGUACAAGGAGGGGGUCCGGGUUCUGGCCACGCCCCGCAUCCAGAUCCGCGGCGCCGUGGUGGAGAUCACAGACGUGACGUACGAGGACUCCGGCGUCUACGUGUGUGUCCUGCGGGGAAGCAAAGAGCCUGUGAGGAACUUCACCAUCACCGUGGCCGACUCGUUGGGGUCGGGCGACGAUGACGAGGACACCGGCUUGGAGGACUCAUCGGCUGAGAUGGAAAACGACCAGGUUUACUUCUCCAGAGGUCCUUACUGGACUCACACUCAGCGUAUGGAGAAGAAGCUGUACGCCGUUCCCGCGGGCAACACGGUGAAGUUCCGUUGCCCGGCGAUGGCCAGCCCCAUGCCCAGCAUCCGCUGGCUGAAAAACGGACGUGAGUUCAGAGGAGAGCACCGCAUCGGGGGCAUCAAGCUGAGACACCAGCACUGGAGCCUGGUGAUGGAGAGCGUCGUGCCUUCAGACAGAGGAAACUACACCUGCUUCGUGGAGAACAAAUACGGCUCCAUCACUUACAGCUACGUCCUCGAUGUCCUGGAGCGCUCCCCACACAGGCCCAUCCUGCAGGCCGGUCUGCCAGCCAACAUCACAGCAGUGGUGGGCAGCGACGUCCAGUUCCACUGUAAAGUCUACAGCGACGCACAGCCUCACAUUCAGUGGCUCAAACACAUCGAAAGGAACGGCAGCCGCUACGGUUCUGAUGGGACGCCCUACGUUCGGGUCCUCAAGACCGGCAGUCUGAACAUGUCCGAGGUGGAAGUUCUGUAUCUGUCUAAAGUCACCAUGGAGGAUGCAGGAGAGUACACCUGUCUGGCUGGAAAUUCAAUCGGAUUUGCUCACCAGUCCGCCUGGCUCGCCGUCCUCUCAGAGGAGGAAGCCGCCGACGCCAUGGAGACCAUGGAGACGAAGUACACUGACAUCAUCAUCUACGCCUGCGGUUUCCUGGCUCUCAUCAUGGCCAUCGUCAUCGUGGUGCUGUGUCGAAUGCAGGUGCACCCCAGGAGGGAGCCGUUUGACGCCCUGCCGGUCCAGAAGCUCUCCAAGUUCCCUCUUCGCAGACAGUACUCGGUGGAGUCCAACUCUUCAGGGAAGUCCAGCGCAUCGCUCAUGAGGGUGGCUCGCCUCUCGUCCAGCUGCUCUCCCAUGCUGGCCGGGGUCAUGGAGUUUGAAUUGCCCUACGACCCCGACUGGGAGUUCGACAGAGAGAAUUUAACGUUAGGCAAACCUCUGGGAGAAGGCUGCUUCGGUCAGGUGGUCAGAGCCGACGCCUACGGCAUCAACAAGGACUCUCAGGGUCCAGCCUCCACUGUGGCGGUUAAGAUGCUCAAAGACGACGCCACGGACAAAGACCUGGCCGACCUCAUCUCGGAGAUGGAGCUGAUGAAGGUCAUGGAUAAACACAAGAACAUCAUCAACCUGCUUGGAGUUUGCACGCAGGAUGGACCUCUGUACGUACUGGUGGAGUACGCCUCCAAAGGCAGUCUGAGGGAGUACCUGCGGGCCCGGAGACCCCCAGGCAUGGACUACACCUUUGAUGUGACCAAGGUGCCUGAAGAGCAGCUCACCUUCAAAGACCUGCUGUCCUGCGCCUACCAGGUGGCCCGAGGGAUGGAGUACCUGGCCUCCAAGAGGUGCAUCCACCGAGACCUGGCAGCCAGAAACGUUCUGGUGACGGAGGACAACGUGAUGAAGAUCGCUGACUUCGGCCUGGCCCGAGGAGUCCACCAGAUCGACUACUACAAGAAAACCACAAACGGACGGCUGCCGGUGAAGUGGAUGGCGCCGGAGGCUUUGUUCGACCGAGUCUACACACACCAGAGCGACGUGUGGUCGUUUGGUGUUCUGAUGUGGGAGAUCUUCACGCUGGGCGGCUCCCCGUACCCCGGCAUUCCCGUCGAGGAGCUCUUCAAGCUGCUGAAGGAAGGACACCGCAUGGACAAACCCUCCAACUGCACACAUGACCUCUACAUGAUGAUGCGUGAGUGCUGGCACGCCGUUCCCACCCAGCGGCCGACCUUCAAGCAGCUGGUGGAGGAGCUGGACAAAGUGCUGCUGUCCAUCUCCGACGAGUACUUGGACCUGUCGACGCCCUUCGAGCAGUACUCCCCGUCGUGCGAGGACACGUCCAGCUCCUGCUCCUCCGACAACGACUCCGUUUUUACCCACGACGCCUUGUCCACCGACCCCUGCCUCCUGGGCUACCAGGACGUGAGCUCCAGGAUAGACAUGAAGACGGCGCUCCGAUAGACGGGAGCACCCUCCACCCUCCACCCUCCUCCACCCCGCGUUUACAGACACGAACACAAACACAUGUAACACAUCCCCCGGCGGCCAUAUCGGAGGUCCGCGGAAGCGUUCCGAAAAGAAGAAGAAAAGCGACCUCCAUUGUGGCGCCAGGCGAAGCCCACAGGUAUAGUUGGGCCUUUAUACACACACAUAUAAACACAUGUAUGCACGUGGAGCACUGAGGCCGGUGGGCUUCUUCACACGGUGACGGUUUGAAGAAGAACAUUUCAUCGUGGGCAUAGGAAAAGGGGAUAGACUCAAAAGAAGGCGGUACUUUGGACUAUCAGCUCUGGCACCGUGGCCAAGAGGAGUUGGAACGUUGGAAAACUGCGGGCACUCGACACAACGGGAGAAGAUCCUGGUUCUCGAAACGGCCUCGAAGCGGUUUCUUUGAAGGACGAUGACCUCCUCUCACGACCCCAAGCGAGGGGGCGAGAAACCCCGCGUGAUAAAGACAUUUUUAAGGAGAACAAAAAGAUUUAUUUUGCUACGAUAAAAAAAAAAGAAGAAGAAGAAACUGAUAGUUCAAUAUAAAUCUCACUAUAUAAGAUUAUUUUACUUUUGUGUUGCUUAUUUAAAAAAGAAAAAAACAGUCUUAAAUCUCAGGAUCUCGUGUGCUAAGAAGUGGCUGUAGUCGUGGCGGCGAAGUGCCUGAAUUUACGAUUUCCUGUGAAUAUAUUAGAAUAUUAAAAUAUUGUAUGUACAUAUCAACAGCAGAAAGACGAUUGCCUUUAUAAAUUAUUCUGAGUGACACGAAAAUGAAGGUUAUUGGAGGCGAAAGGAGAGAGGAAUUUAAUCAAGUGUUAAUAAGCAAAGUGCCAAACCUGUCGCAGCUAUCUCACUGGAUUCAUGUUUGGGUUUUAUUCCAAAAUAUUCUAUUCAUUUCAACCCAAUGAUCACCGGGAUUAAAACACAUCAUCGACGCCAACCUCAAAUAUUAAACUAACGGUCGAUGUUGUUAAAGAUUGGUUCACGUCGACAUUUUUAAACAACCGACCAAGACACGCAAAAUCCAACGGCUCAACCCUCAAAUAUAUGUGGUCCGAAAAUGAUGUAUUUGUCCUUAAAGACGGCCGACAUGUUUGGAAUGAAACCCUCCAUUUGACCUUCGGCCCGAUCGAACAAUUUGUGGUUGAACACCAGAAGAGUUCCAGUUCUUAUUGCUGUUGUUGGAUGAAAAAAAACCACCAAUGUUUGAGCUCUUAAGUUAUGAAAAAUUGAUUUCUGAAGCGUUCUCAGCCGUCAUGAGACUCAUUCACACGUCCGCACCACCACGUGUCGGUUGGAGACAACGUGACGUGGUCUUCCUCGAGCAUCAGCUUCACCCUUUCGGUCGACGUUGUGUCCGGGGUGGGACUCGACCCUGAAAGGAGGGACUGGCGAUUCAGCAUUUGGGGGGGGGGACUCUGUUGGGGAGCUGGCCCAAGCCCACUGUCACUGUUGACAAGGGAGGGUGGUUGUGUGUGUGUGUGUGUGUGUGUGUGGGGGCAGCAUGUGAAAGCCAGUGUGAUUGAUUUCAAAUAGAGGAGAGGGGGGGAGGGAGCCUCCUUUGUCUGGCUGUAACCCUUCACCCAGCCCAAUCUGUUGGCGAGGGGUCCUCAGGUCCGCAGCCCGGCCGGACAAUGGGGGCUUUGCAGGCUUAAUGGGCGUGACGGCGGACCAGAGGGAGUUCUGCGGGGGUGGGGGGGUGCCGGUGGGGUGGGGAUAGCUUGGGCUUGUGUGCAAAUGAAGAGGCUCUUAUUAUGUUAAUGUCUCCUCUUCUCUCCCCCCAAAAAAACCGCCCCUAUCUUUAUCCCCACGGUCGCCCGCCAUCUUUUUAAAUGACAAACCUUAAUUCCGAUUCGCCGCCGGGACCAGCUGCGGAGAACUCCCCCGCGUCCUCGGCCCGGCGUCCCCCGAAUCGGACCGCGGACGCGUCACAAAACAGCCGCUUUGACAGUCGUAUGGAAAUGUGCUCGUCGGAACGCAGAGAUGCAUGUUCGUCUUAAAGAUGUCCGUCGUGUGGCCGCGUCGCUCUCUGGUUCUUUUUUUUUUUGGGGGUUCAAGUGAAAAAUGAAGGGUUUCAUAUCAAAAUGAAGUGUAAAACCAGCCGAUGAAGGAUUCCCGUGUCUUCUGUGCUCGUUUGUUUGCUUUCCGUUCUGGAACGUAGCUCUUUUACAUAUAAAUGCAAACCUGUGACACGUGUGCCUCUUUACAUUCCAGCUAUCUGCUCUUCUCCCAGAUACAAACUGUAAACAAUCACAGCGUUCUUAAACAUUUCCUCGAGAGAAUUAUUUUAGAAAUAUCUAAUUUAUUUGUUUAUUGUUUUGUUUUUAUAUGAAAUAAAGUAUAAUUUAAAAUAAA